GGCGGCCGGGUCUCUUUAAGGGCUUGUCGCGCCUGCGCUUUGGGCUCUCCUGACGCGGCUGGGCCGGACCCCGGAGGAGCUGGCAGGCACGCAGGCGAGGGGCUGGGGGCGCUCGAGACGACGGCGGUGUCCGGACAGGAAGGUGACCGACGGUGGGGCGGCGGCCCUGAACUCCAGGGUGAGCGCAGCGCGCCUGGGAACGCAGGGCCGGGGCGCUGGGACGCGGCGGCGCGGGCUGCCGGCUGGAUGGGAAGUUGAUGUGUACGGCGAAGUCCACCCUACGUCUCCAAGGUGGCGACAGACAAGGUUGCAGAAAAGUUGAGCUCUACUCUCUCAUGGGUGAAGAACACAGUAUCGCAUACAGUCAGUCAGAUGGCCAGUCAGGUGGCAAGUCCAUCUGCUUCAUUACACACUACAUCCUCAUCUACCACACUGUCAACACCAGCCCUUUCACCAUCUUCCCCAUCACAGUUGAGUCCAGACGACUUAGAACUCCUGGCUAAACUGGAGGAACAAAACAGAUUGUUAGAGACGGAUAGUAAGUCUUUAAGAUCUGUAAAUGGGUCAAGAAGAAACAGUGGCUCCUCUCUUGUAUCAAGUUCAUCAGCCUCCAGCAACCUCAGCCACCUUGAAGAAGAUUCUUGGAUUCUUUGGGGAAGAAUUGUUAACGAAUGGGAUGAUGUGCGCAAAAAGAAAGAAAAGCAAGUUAAGGAACUUGUUCGUAAAGGGAUACCCCACCACUUUAGAGCAAUAGUUUGGCAACUUUUAUGCAGUGCACAAAGUAUGCCAAUUAAGGAUCAGUAUUCAGAACUUCUGAAAAUGACCUCACCUUGUGAGAAAUUGAUCCGAAGGGACAUUGCUAGAACUUAUCCUGAACACAAUUUUUUUAAGGAAAAGGAUAGCCUUGGACAGGAGGUUUUAUUUAAUGUAAUGAAGGCAUAUUCUUUAGUGGAUCGUGAGGUUGGUUACUGUCAAGGAAGUGCUUUUAUAGUUGGAUUAUUGCUUAUGCAGAUGCCAGAAGAAGAGGCUUUCUGUGUAUUUGUUAAAUUAAUGCAAGAUUAUAGGCUUCGUGAACUUUUUAAACCAAGUAUGGCAGAACUGGGCCUUUGUAUGUACCAGUUUGAAUGCAUGAUACAGGAGCAUCUUCCAGAGCUCUUUGUACAUUUUCAGUCCCAGAGCUUUCAUACCUCAAUGUACGCGUCGUCCUGGUUUCUGACUAUCUUUCUUACAACUUUUCCACUACCAAUUGCCACAAGGAUAUUUGAUAUCUUUAUGUCUGAGGGUUUAGAAAUAGUGUUUCGAGUAGGAUUAGCACUUCUUCAAACGAACCAGGCAGAAUUAAUGCAACUUGACAUGGAAGGGAUGUUACAGCACUUUCAGAGGGUCAUUCCACAUCAGUUUGAUGGUGGUCCAGACAAAUUAAUCCAAGCAGCUUACCAAGUCAAAUACAACUCAAAAAAAAUGAAAAAGUAAGUAUAUUUAUAGUUUCCUUUUUCGUUAUGGGGUUUGUGGAAACAUA